UCUCACUUAUCCUUAUCCAACCGUUCAUUCCGCGUCUGUCCGCCGUUGUCUGCCGACCGCUGUUCUCGCUGUUUCCGAUAUUGCGCUUCCGUUCGAGCAUUCGGUGUCCAUUUUCUCGUGUGUUGGCCGUGUAAAACUGACGCGAACGAUCGAUCGUCAUUCGUCACUCUCUCUCCGCCGCCGCCGCCGCCGCACAAAGUAACCGGCCGAAAAACCGUCAACCGCGCGCGAACCGUCCGCGGCGUACUUGCGCGGUUCCCCGUCCGACGUACGCUCAACGAACAGACAGUUCUUUUUUCUCUCUCGCCAUCAUGACCACCACACCGAAGUCUCUGCCAGAGGAAUCGCUUGGUGAAUCUUGGGUGGAUAUCGGGAGCUGCACAUCGCCGAUAUCUUUCCAGAGCGCCGACCGUGUCACUCCAGUGCCGUUCAUAUCGUCCGGCGAAGAGUACCUGAGACUGUUGAAAGAGGCACAAAGGGAGAGUAACUCUUCGUCCAGAGUUUUGUCCAAAGAAUCGUCCAUUAAGGGCAGUCCCAAAUCACCGCCAAACAGUCCAAAUAAUGAAUUGGAAGACGAUCUCAAGGGAGUGUACAUAAACUAUUCGAACAGAGGUGGAGAAUUGUACAACUUGGACAAGAGUACUGAUUGGAUUUGGGAUUGGAGUAGCCGACCAGACCAGGCACCUCCCAAAAACUGGAAAUUCAUUCAUCCCAAGAAGAAGACAUACAGUAUGCGCAAUGCUAAGGUCGGCAAAGACGGCCUCUUUUCCAAAGAAGUUUUGUACACUUUGUUCCUGACCAAUAUUUUAUCCAUACUGCUGGGAGCUGGCGUUGGCGCUUGGUUAUGUAAACGAGGCGGUAUUAUGAUGUCUAGAGUGACUUUGGAAUAAUCAGUCUGUGGAACGUAACAUAAUAUGCACAUGCACAAAAAAAAAAAAACAAGAAUAAAUGG